AUGGCGGCAUCCUUCGUGCCGCUUCACAAGCAGGCACCGCCCGGUCAAACUUUGACUGCUUCUCCGGGAUCGCCGCAAGACACGCCCGGACAGAUCAAGCCUUCGUCGUCCUCGUCGACUAGAGGAGGCACCAUGGAAGCCUCGUUUCAGCAGUCGCCGCCAGAGCCCUCUUCUUCGUCUUCUAGACCCAAUUCGUCGUCACGGCAAGGUACUCUUGCAGUGUCGCCCCAACAACAACCGCCGCCUGGGCCACCAGCUCCGUCUGCAGAGGCCUUCGGUGACCUGCCGACCGCCGUGCCGGAGGUGUUCGAGGAGGUUGUGCCACCUCCACCUCCGAUACCACAGAGAAGGGAGGAGCACACGUUGGAGCACCUGAGGGACCUGUUUCCGGAAGAUCCUCUGGAGGCCCCUUGCCGGUACUUCGGCGACGAUGAUCUGUCGGAUGAUGAUGUGCAGCCGCCACCUCCCACGGAAGCAGCUUCGCGCUUUGCGUUUACCUAUGGGAAGCGAGGCAAACUCGCCGCGCUCAGCUUCUCUGAGCAGUGGCUCGGAAGAAUGAGCUCACCUGCGCCACCCCAGGGCACCAAGAAAUGGGUACGGGAUGAAAGCAUCGGUCACGGCACCCUUGGAAACGUUCUCCGGGCCCUGGAUCAGGAAACCGGAUCACUCUUUGCGGUCAGGGAGGUGCUGAUUGGUACAUCAGACGCUGAGUUCAAGCACGCGCUGGAGACUGAGAUUCAGAUCUGCUCAGCUCUGAAGCAUCCAAGCAUUGUCGCAUAUUUGGGCCACGACUGGAUCGCUGGAAGCCUCUAUAUCUACAUGGAGUACGCGAUCGGUGGGUCGAUGUCCAGUGUGCUGCAGCAGUUCGGUGCCUUCGAGGAGGGAUUGAUCAGCAGGUACGGCCGAGAUGUGUUGGAAGGGCUGGACUACUUGCACACGCGAAGCCCGCCAGUCUUGCAUGGAAACAUCAAGAGCGCGAAUGUCCUGAUGGGGCAGAGCGCAGAUGGCGGAGAGCUCUGCGCCAAAUUGGCAGACUUCGGCUGCCCGACGAGCAAUGUGAUUGCGCUGAAGGGCUCCAUCCGGUGGAUGGCACCCGAGGUCGUAGUGAAGAAUGUCGGAUAUGGAAGGAUGGCCGACGUUUGGAGCUUUGGCUGCGUCAUCAUCGAGAUGGGCGCAGCCCAACUGCCUUGGGGGAAGGUCGACAACGCCAUGGUUGUCAUGUAUAAGAUCGGCAUGUCCAGCGAGACGCCUCCCCUGCCGACGUCCUUCUCCAAGCGCUGUGCCGACUUCACUCAGCGGUGUCUGCAGCGUGAGCCCACGCAGAGGGCUGGAGCAGCGGACUUGUUGCAACAUCCCUUCGUGGUAGAGGCAGCAUCUGAUGACGACUGA